GCCUGAAGCGCUCCCUCCCGCCCCCGCGGUGCCAAGAGGCGAGGAUCGGCCGUGCCCGCCCCGGGACCAUGCCGACGGCGCCCGGCUUCCUCCAGCCCGCCCGGUUCCAGCUCGGUGGGUGAGCAACCUCGUCGGCUCAGAUCUAUUGUCCCAUGCAGCAGUUUCAUGAUCGACUGGUCAAGUUUUCCUAUAGCACUGAGGUGAAGUCCUCCUACUUGAGAGACCUCUGACAUUCAUCUGUCUCGGAAGCAUCUCACGUAGAUUUUCAGGAGAAUGGAAAGUGUGAGUGAGCUUCAGAACCCUCUGUUGGCCAAAAACAAUGGACACCUUCAUGGCAGUUACACUUACCACCAGGAUUAUCCUGGCCACCAUUGCCAAGGCAAACUGUACUCCUAUAUCUUCCAAAAUUCUGGCAGUGCAAGGACUCACCAGCUGUUGGAUGCCAGUUCUCUGCAGCUGGCUGUCGAAGCAUUGUAUGGCCCAAAUUUCAUCCUGGUGAAGGAUGAGACCAGUGUCAAAGUUAAGGACAGCAAAGGUGAGAGCUGUGAGACAACUUUCAUGGAAAGCAAAGAACACCCCACUGAGGCAUCUGAUGACCAGGAAACACAAGGGCGAUCCCUAAUGGAAAAUGACAUAAAAAUCCAAACAGUGUCCUAUGAGGUAGAAGAGGAGGAAUUCCAGGAGUAUGAGAGUGACUCCUCAAGUGACAGUGAGAGUGAAGAUCAUUUUCUGAUGCUCCCCCCACGAGACCACCUGGGCUUGGCCAUUUUCUCAAUGCUUUGCUGUUUCUGGCCUUUGGGAAUAGCGGCCUUCUACUUUUCUCAAGGGACAAGUAAGGCAAUCUCCAAGGGGGACUUCCACCUGGCCAGCUCGGCUUCCCGGCGAGCUUUAUUCCUCGCUGCACUCUCCAUCACCAUCGGCACAGGGGUAUAUGUUGGAGUGAUUGUAGCACUGAUUGCUUACCUCUCUAAAGGUGGCCACGUAUAGGAAAGACUGUUGUGCAGAAGCCCAUCUCUCUGCACCUGAUGGAUAAUUCUCUUGGAUUUCAUACAGUAUUUCCUUUCCUGUGAAACUUAGGACAUCGUAUUUAUAAGGAUGGUUAAGGAGUGCUCUCUACACAGAGAUCUGUGCUCAUAAGUACUGUGCUGGCUCAUUCCUCUUUCAGAUGAACGACAGAUAUGACCUACUUUACAUCAUGGACUGACAAGCUUUAAAAAAAACCCCAAAACCCUAGUGUAAAAGAUAGCACAGUCUGGAUUUUGGGACUGCCAGAAACAAAAAUGAGAAAGGGAUGGUUUUAAAAUUUUUGUCUGCAGGGUAUUUUCAAGCCAAUGUUCUUAUGACCUGCUGUGUGUAAAGUUCAGACUGAGGGCUACACAAUGAUGGCACAGUAUUUGUCAAGAUAUUCACAUUUUUAUGCCGAUGACACUACCUGCAAUAUCAAAUGUUAGCAAUUUACCCUUGGGUAGUUGCAUACCAGGAGAAGCCAGCUUUGAUCAAGGUUCUCUUUCAGAGGCUUUGUUCGCAUAACCUGUCUCUCAGACGACAGCUCCUGUGUCAGGCUUUCCCUAUAGCCUCAUCACACAAUGAUGGGACCUUGGAGAGUCACAUCCAUCACGUCAAUCUCAGAUAUAUUCAUACUUUAAAUAAGACAAUGAAAAAUAGUUGUGUGUUAAUUAUUACAGUUAUUAAACUGAACUCACAGAAGGUGCUUGGCAUAUUCUUCAGGGGCCUUCUAGUUUUAAUUUCAGUUUUUAGUAUGUGCAUUAAAAUGCCAUUCAGAAUGGCUUAACCAUGACCAUUUUGACUUGGAAAAUCAUCAGUAAGUGAUGUGGUAUGAUCACUAUCACAUCCGAAAAAAACUUUCCUCAGUGCUGUAGCUCUUACCACAUAGAAGAAAAAUCCAUACACAGAAAUUGCAUAGCUAAGUCAACUUAUGGCAGCGGUUCUCAAACAUGGGUCCCCAGAUGUUGUAGGACUACAACUUCCAUCAUCAUCCCCAACUUCCAUCAUCCUCAUCCCCAUGUUGUGCAUACUAAUGCACAUACUAGGUGCAUUAGUAUGCAUGUAAAGGGACUGUAAAUGCAUUAGUAUGUGUUUAAUGGAACAGCUAUAUGGGACUGUUCAUACCUGGCAGGAAGAACAUCUGGAGACCCAGGUUUGAGAACCCCAGUGACUUGAUUUUCCUUGGGGGGAAAUUGCCCUACAGCCACCAUUAAAAUUUCCACAUGAAAUGGGAACAUGCUUUCAGACAGACUCUUAAAACAAGAAAACUCAGUUGGAAUGCUUGGAUUUAAGCCUGUUUAGUUCCAUUGACUACAUAUAUGCUUCAUCUGGGCUUUUGAUGCUACCUACUAACCAUGAUAGCUGUAUACUUCCAUCAGGAUCAAAGGUGGUUUGCCCCUGAACACCAGGUGCUAGGGAACACCAAUAGGGGCGGUGGUUACCCUCUCACCCCCACUUGUGGGCUUCCCAGAUGCAUCUGGUUGGCCACUUUAUGAAGCAGGAUGCUGGACUAGAUGGGCCUUUGGCCUGAUCCAGGAGGGCUUUUCUUAUGUUCUUAUGAUGUAGACAUUGAAGCCAUUCACUGAGAUACAGAUCAAAGAUGCACCUGGAGAAUGAGAGAGCAGUCUAAUAGAACUUCCUAACUAACUGCACCAGUGCAGUGGGGAAGUGGCAUAUUUUUCUCACCUUCCCUAGUAAGUCCUCUGUGCUACCCAAAAAUAUAUCCCUGAGGGAUGCACAUCCCUCAGGGACAUAUAUUUGGGUGGCACAGAGGGCUUCCUGGGAAAGGGGGAGGCAUCAAAAAUUGCUGCUAAAUAUGUGCAUUAUACACAUACUAAUGCACAUACUAAGAGCAUUAGUAUGCCUGUAUUGGGACUGUAAGUGCAUUAGUAUGUGUGUAAUGGGACAGCUAUAUGGGACUCUUCAUACCUGGCAGGAAGAACAGAGAGAGUGGUUAUAGUGAAUGUUUGUUAUCCCAUUAAGACUUUUUCUGUAUGGUCCUUUUAGAUUCUGUUCUGUCCACUAUCUGAUUCAAUGUAUGCAUGCAUUUCUUAGGUGAAAUGAUUCAGCAUCUGGAAGUACAGUGUCUUCAACAUUCUGAGGACAUCCAUUUAUAAAUAUUUUUCCUUAGUACCUGUCCUAACCAUUCUGAAUCUGUCCUUGGCCUUAGUUGUGAACUCAAUGAGGUUCUAGACAACUGAGAAUUCAGCAGAUUAGUGGUGGGUGAAUCUAAUUACUUAAGAUGAAGUUCUACUACUUCCUGGCACCCAUGUUUUUGGCCUUGAGGUCCUCCUGGACGCUCUGUAGAGUCUGAAUUCUCCACAGUGAGUCCAGGAGUUGGCAGCGGCUAGAAGAACCUUCCAGCAGUGGCUUCUAGUAAGCAAGCUCCACUGUUUGUUUCUGUCUAAUACAGACAUAGCCAUUGUCAUCCCUGCCUUAGUGACCCCUAGGAUUGGCUGUAGUAACAUACUGUAGUUGUGGAUGCUUUGGAAAGUGUUUGAAAGCCUCAGCUGGUGCAGAACAUGCCAGCCCACUUUUCCUUAGGGAAUAGAACAACAGGAACAUAUUACAGCAGCACUAUAAAAUCUGCACUGGCUGCCAGUAUGCAACCCAUGGUGCUGGUGGUAGCAAAUAAAGUCUCUGACCAUAUAAAUCCAUGAGGCCCCUCUGAUCCCGUGAGGAUUCUGAAAGUACUACAUUACUACAGUGGUCCCUCUACUUACGAAAUUAAUCCGUUCCGAAUGCACAUUUGUAAGUCGAAAAGUUCGUAAGUCGAAAAGCGGUUUCCCAUAGGAAUGCAUUGGGAACAGAUUAAUGCAUUCCGGAGCCUAGAAAAAAGACCCAGACCCGCAGUAAGGCUUGCAAACUGCACAGGAACAUUUCUUUUCAAGAAUAAACAGGCAGUAAACAGGCAGGCAAGUCAAGGAAACCGCAUGUAAAAUUUGUAAGUCGAGGAAACCCCAUCUAAAAAUUUGUAAGUCGAGGAAACCCCAUCUAAAAAUUUGUAAGUCGAAAAAACCGCAUCUAAAACCGGAUCUAAAACUGCCGUUUGUAACUCGAAAAAUAUUUAUGUCGAGUAGUUUGUAAGUCGAGGGACCACUGUACAUUAAAUAUGGCCACCACAACAUUAAAUAUGGCCACCUACAACAGGCUGAUUGACUUCCUCUCUAGUUGCAGAAUUUCCUCCCAGUAAAGGCCCACCUGCAUCUUGAAAAUACUGCCUUUUCUAUUUACAUAAGUAUUUGAUAGCAAGGGAUGUGUAUAGGGGCACUGUGGGUGGGAUUUUGAAAGUGUUGCUAUGAGUUUUUCUUUGUAUUAUUGAUGUUUCAGAUAUUGAUGUUUUAAUGUGGUUGGAAGCCACCUCGAGCCUCUUGGAAAGAGGCAGGGUAACAACUGCAACAAGUAAAGAAGCCCAAACACUUCAGCAGGACAGUAACAGACUGGAUUCUAAAUAGAGGGACGGUUUAAACCAUACUAGUUUAAAAACUACUAUUUGGAGCCUGUGUAGAGUGGCCGUUCAGCCCACCCACACAAUAAAGGGAUGCACCAGAAGGGUGUCAGAACACCACAAAGGACAUUGUCACAGGUACGCACCCAGUGCAUCCUCCUUUAAUCAAAUGGGCUGGAAGGUGUUGUCCAAACUUGACCCAGAAAUGAGAAAGGAGGGGAGGGGAGGGAAAGAUUUGAGGAAGUGAGGUUACUUGAUCCUUCCAGAUUAGAACAACAGGUGAUAGACCAAACUAGGAUACCUUUCCAGUGCAGUUCCCCAACGACUCUCUGUGACUGGUGUGAAACACAUUUCCAGUUUCAUCCACUUUAGCCAGCACAAGUGUUUUGAUUUCACUUCCUUGCCUUGGCAUGACACAACACUAAGGACUUGCUUUCCUUGAAGCAAGAAUUUAAUUUCAGCUCAUAGCCCGAGAGUGAAAAAUACUGUUUGCUAAUUAUCAAAGUCCAGAAAAGAGAUAUUUCUGGGUUUUAAGUUGGGGAAAACAAAACAAACAAGAAUGCUCCCCCCUCCCCCAGCCAACCACUAAUGUGGCGGGGGGAGGCACUUCUUUAGGGUUUUGCGCUUGACAGCAUCGGUGUAGUAUUCCUUCUCUAAAUUUCAUACUUAUUGCUGUGUGCUUGUUUAUCCCCCAGCAAAAUGGCUAUUCAGAACACUGAGGAUUAUCUUGUGAAUGAAAUGUAAGAAGUCUAUAGCAAGAAAGAUCAGUCUGUGCCUCGAGUGUGACUCCCAGGCAGUACAAGAAAGUGAACAGAAGCUAAUGAAGAGGCCCUUAGCUUUCAGGCUUGCCGGCGUUGCCAUCGAGAUUUAAACCUGAAUGGCUGCCACACUUAUCUUCCAUCUUUAUACUGGGAAAUAGAAGGCCUGCAAGCCAUGGUGUUAGAAGAAGAAUCAUCUGAGAAUGCCCCAAGGGUAAGAGGGCUCUGGAGACUGUUUAUUCAGACUGCAGGAGAAAUGUAAUCAGAGGUAGGAAUUAGAAAUAGUAGGGAGGCGAAGGGAGCUGUUAAGACGAAGAGAGAAUGGGCAUGGGGACCAUUGGACAAGAAGAAACAAGGGCAGCUGCCAGGGCUGUUGAAAAACAAGAAAGAACAUCAGCCGAAGUAGCAGAAGUGGAAAGAAGGAGAAGGAGCAAACGCAAUGGGACUUGGCUACAUGUAGAAGAUUCCUGGGCCAUCCCUGGUCUACAGUCCUAACCAAGGGUCUAGUGUCAGAAUCCAAAUACUCUGUAAAUCAGACAUAGAGUAAAUCGGACACUGCCUGGAGUCAGUUUGGACAAUAAUCUUCCAUCUACGCACAUGCAAUAAGGACAUGCAUGCGUCACGAGUGCACAUAGUCUUCCCUCCCCCUCCUGAGUUAUUGGGGUGCUUUCCCCUAAUAGUAUGGGGAAGUGAUUUGUCUGAACCACUCCUCUGCAUGAAUUAAUAUUUCUAGCAUGUGCAGAGGGAUGGUUUGGAUUGGUGGGGGGAGGGGGACGUGCACUUAGGAAAGGGCACCUUGGUGUGCCAGGAGUGGGGAAGGACAUGGAUGCUUAUGACAUAUGCACAUCCUUAUUGUGUGUGGCUGAAGCAUUGUUCAACCAGUCCCUGCUGAGGAGCAUUAAAAAAUUUCUAGGUACUUUGUAAUAGGAAGAAUUUCAUAGCCCUUUCCCCAAAACGUUUACCAAGAAGGAGUCUCACGCUUCAUGCCCUUCACAACGCUCAGCACCCUCUGUCCCUUUCUUUCCUCUGCCUUUUACACUUGUAUCUAGGGGUGCAGACUGGAGCUCCCCAUCUUCUGUCUUGAAUUUAUCUGUGCACGCUGUAGCUGUUCUGUGAGAGGCUCAGCAUGGUCUGUAUAGUUCAAAUGUACAUUUCAUUCUAAAGCAGCAUGUUAAUGUUUGAGAUUUCUAUUGUACAUGAGCCAUAAUGGAGAGAAGCACAUGAUAAAAGAAACCUGUUCAGAAGAAAUCUCCGAAAGGGCCCAUUAUGUUUUAUAUAAUGAAAGUUAAUAAAAAGCAGGAAAGAAAAACUUA